AUGAAGUCAAUCUUCGUGCUCGCAAUUCUUGCGAGUGGUGCCCUUGCUCAAUUUGACCAGAGCUCGAAGCCUUUCCGCCUCUUCCUGAAGUCGGACAAUGCCACUUUAGAUGGCCAGACCCUGGGAGCCUGUCACCAAGGCGCUGCAAUCGAAGGACUCUGCCCCAGCGGAAACACCCACGCAAACAACUCCACUUCCUACGACACCUUCUACCAGCAGACGCAAGCCGAACCCACAGUCCCAGGCGCCGAUGGAGACCCCUACGGACCGAUUGUCUGGAACCUCACCGUCAACGGCGGCGACAUCGUUCCCUCGUACCUACAAUUCAGUUACGAUUUCCUCAGCGACGUCUCGAAUCCGACCUUCUUCCCUGGCAACGAAUCCUACACAUCCGUAUCAUUUACAAGCGCAGGAUGCAUGUACCUCGCGAGAUACCUCGAUGACACGGUGACUCCACCACAGCGGCUGGACACGCCGCAGAAGGUAGAGAACUGGUACAUCUGUUUGACGCGUUGGAGUUACCUUUAUUACACGUUGAAUUGGAAGAUCGGCGUCGAGGGUGUGCCGCAGAAUCCCACGUGUCAGAAGGUGACGGUGUAUCGGGAGUUUGUGUAG